UAUCGUACAUGGACAGAGUGCAGAUUCAGCCAUCAGCACCUCAGGUUUUGCCCCCCCCCCCCGGACCUAAUCCCGCCAUACGAUGAACGUCUCGUCUUUUACUCGCGGCCGGCGGUGAGACCAAUGUCCCGGGAUUGUCCGGUCGGCGACUAGAUGGAGUCGGUGAAGCGAGUUCUGGUUUAUCUGAGCAAAGAGAAGUCUGUGCUCCAAUGUGCAAAGUUCAUACAGGGGAUUACCGGGCACUACUCCUCCGGGAAUCAGGACCGGGCAACGGUGAACUGCAGCCUGGAUCAGAAUCGUUUCAUCAUCUCCGACCAGCCGUUCAGCGGGUCAAGAAAGGUGUCGCUACAGAGACCGGACUUUUGUCCCAUUAAGAACCUUACGGCGAAGCAAGCCGCCUCUCUGCCGGAGGAGAUCAGGGGCCGCGGUGUGGACGUGGGGGUGGCCAUCUUGUUGCAGACCGUAAAUAAAAGGAUUCUUCUGACAAGACGCUCCAAGGAGCUGCACAUCUUCCCUAAUGUCUGGGUGCCACCAGGGGGUCACAUGGAGGAGGGAGAACAGCUCCUUGAGGCCGGACUGCGAGAACUUCAGGAGGAAACGGGGUUAAAUUUGCAAGGUGCCGACCUUCCCUGGAGAAUUCUGGGAUUGUGGGAGUCGGUGUUCCCACCGUUACUGAGUCGCGGACUACCCAGGCGCCAUCAUAUUGUCGCUUACCUGCUGGUCUUGUCCAACGAAACCCACCAGGAGCUGCAGGAGAAGCUCCGCCCUGACGAGCAGGAGGUGAGCGCCUGCGUGUGGUUGGAUCCGGAAAUAGCUGAGCAGAUUGUGGCGGCCAAAGAUGGAGUGAAGGAUUGUGGGAGGAAAAGUCCUGGACUGCAGACCUCAAUAAUGAUCACAGAGGUCAGCGGUCGAUCACUGACGCAGAAGGAUCUCGCUCUGCAGACGCUUCUGAACACGGCGCCAAUAGACGGUGAAGAUACAGAACGUGUGAGCACCGGCACUAAAUACGCGCUGGCCUUGUGGCUUGAGACCCUGCGCGGAGGAGAAGUCACGUAGACGACCCCCCCUUACCCACAAACAUGGACUCCUUUUCUACUUUCUAAUAACAGCACAGCGCCCCCGGAGGCCCCAGGGCACAUGACAGGACACGCAGUGAAUAAAUAAAAAGGAAUUUAUUCCCGUUUUAGAAAGGUUUUUGUCCGUGUUGCGGCCUCCACCAGCGCUCGAUGUCCGUGAAUAAGAGACUAAAAUACAGAUACGUUAUAUACUUAAAUACAUAAAUAUGCAGACGGCGGCGGCGGCUAUUCCACUACAACCGCGGCGUUAACCCUUCAGUGCCAGGAAGGAGAUCUGGAAUACACUUAAAGGGGUACUCCACUCCUAGGGGAUAAGAUGUCUGAUCGUGGGGGUCUCGUCGCUGGUCCCGUGUGAAAUCAUGCCCCGCCCCCUCAAUGCAAGU